UGUUAAUACACUUGGAUAACUUGAAACUUAAGCUCGCUACGGAGAUAUAGUCAAUAAUUAUCAGACUUAUUUCUAAUUUGCUUACUUCGUUGAUCCGUUUCUACCGACUUACAAUGGCUUCCGUUGGUUCCGAGGCGCGAGAUUUGCCUGCAGGUGCAUAUGCCGAGCUCGGAAAUAUCGCACUCUGGUUUCAAAGCGAGGCUGCCAACUUCCAAGUUACCAAUGAUAUCGAAGUCUGUACAAACACCAAUGGACUGGCAGAGACUGCAGAAAAGUUCCUAGGAGAAUUCAGGUCUGAAAUUCGGCCUCCACCAUCAGAAGUCCGCAUCACCGCUAUCCACUUCAACCAACCUACAAUUGUUCCUGUCGAGGAAGGUUGGUCGGUCGACCUUAUACCCGUACGUGUUGUCGGUGACGUAGUGAGAGUGGGAGGGCAAAUGCUGUGGCCAAGCCGUUACAUCCAUUUGCAGAGAGAAGCGAGAGUGUCUGGCGAUUUUUUCACCAUUUUAGUACUAUCUAAGUGUGCCGCAUAAAGGAAGCGAAGGUUGUCUGGCUAGGUAGGAAAUGUAGCCCAGCUCCUAAGAAAGUCCCAAGCUGGCCGCAGCCAGUUUCCAUUUUCUAGGACUCGGGCGCUAUAUCUUCCCAAUGUAUCGAAGCUGAUUUUA